UUCCUAUUAUUCUUAGAUUUGGUCUUUUCAUGGUGUCCCAGAUUUCCUGGAUGUUUUGUGACAGUAUUUUUUUUUUAAGAUUUAACAUUUUAUUUUACCAAGGUAUCCAUUUCCUCUGUCUUGUCUUCAGUGCCUGAGAUAUGUAGUUAGCCUAUUUGCUUCUUUGGCCUGAGUGGCCUGAGAGUUCCAGGGAGUUUCUGCUUGGAGUUGGAGGCUGGGUGCAGCAGGUGGUCUGCUACAGUGCGGAGGAUAAGACUAGGGGGUUGGAUUUGGAGGAACUGAGGAAGAGGUGAAGAUCUGCAGUUAACCUACCUGUUUCCCUGGCAGGAGUGGCCUGUGGGUUCCCAGGGAAUGCCUGCUUGAGGUCAGGGACUGGGAUAAAGCAAUGAGGUGGGGGUUUAGGAGAGGAGAAUCUGUGUGAUAUUGAAGAACAGAUAUUGAAUAUAAAAUAUAAUGGAAGUCUGGCAAUAAGUGGCAAAAGCUGCAAAUAAAUAUAUAAAGAUGAAUAUGUGUAACUUCUCCAAAACUUCUUCUGUUUUUAGGAAGUGCGUUUUGGGAAAUGAUUAGAUAAGAAUACAAAAAUGGUCCUUGUAUUAUUGCUUAUAAUAACAGUCCCAAGAACCUUCAACUUCCGGGAAGGGAGAACUGGUUAAAUAAAUGACGGUCAAUACUAAGUGUGGUAGCUUUCAAUCACCUUAACAGAGUACCUGAAAUAAGUUACUUGGAAAAGAUGUAUUUUGGUUUGCAGGUGUGGAGUUUCUGAGCAUGCUCAAUUGAUUUGGGCCUGUGGUGAGCCAGCACAUGAUGGCAGAAGCACAUGGCAGAGCAAGAGUGCUCAGCUCAUGGACCAGACGUGGAAGAGAAAAAAGAAAGGGCCAGAGCCCCACUAUCCCAUUUAAGGACAUACUGCUAGUGUUCUAAACACUUCCCAACUAAUCCUAUCUUUUAUGUUCUCUGUUGCCUCCCACUAAUGCUACUCAGUGAACCGGGCCUUUAACACAUGGGCCUUUGGGAAGUUAUGUAAGAUCUAAAAUAGAGCAGUGAUAAAUGGAAUUCUGUUCCUCCACUCAAAUAUAAAGACAAUCAAAUAGAAAGUCAGUGGUUAACAUGUAAAUAGGCCCAUUAUUCACAGCUCAGUAGAAAAAAAAACAGGUUGUGGAAUACUAUAUACGUGAAUACUGAGUAAUUAGGAAUUUGUGUAAUUUUGCAUUCCUUUCAAGUGGGGCUACAGGUAAUUUUUCUUAGUGCCCAUUAAUUUUGGCAAAUUUUCCAUGGUAAACAUAUACUGUUUAUUAAUAAAAAUGUUUUCAGAUAGACACAGAUAAAAUCAAUAAUUUUAUAUCACAGAAAGACAGUUACAGGAAUGAUGAUUAAUGGUACAUUUGAGGAAAUUGUUCCGAGUUCCAAUCCAAACUCUCCAACUGGAAUAGAGACUAUCAGCUCAUACCUCAGGAAGGACUGUGAAGAAGACUUUACACCUAUCAAGUGCUCCCCACACUACCCAGGAGUGAAAGCAGAGCACCAAGGAUUACUUAUUGAUGAGGAAAUGAUUUUUAUAAAUAAAACAAUGGACAAUCAUCUACCCACUGUGGAUACUCUCUUGAGCAGACUAAAGCUCUAUCUGGUUAAGGAUCCACUUUUAGAUUUCCAAGAACAGCUCUCGGGAAAGGCUGACUUCACGGAGUGUUUCUCUGUUCAAGAACGUUCGGAACCUUUUGUGAGAGAUUUCCAUAUGGCUGAAGAGACCUUUUGUAAGAAGAAACUACCUCCAGUUUUUCCUUCUGAGUUUGAAUUCCUAAUGUCUGCAACCCCCAAACAAGAACUUCCCAUCCUACCACUAUCAGAACUGAAGGAGUCAUUCAACUCAAUGCCUGACACAAUGGAUUAUGUAGAAGAAAAUGAAAAACUUUCCCAAAGAGAUCUUUCUACCAAGCAUGAAUUUGAUACUGAGGAUAUGAAAUGCAACUCCACAGAGAUCUUACCUAUUGCAAGCCCAUGUGAACCAGAGUGCAGUGAACCAGGAGAAUUAGAAAUACUACUAACCAAUCUAAGCUCACCAAGGCAACAUUCUCCAGUGAGUUCAUUAUGUGCAGGAUUUCAGGCAUUUCCAUUUUCUGCUGUGUAUAAAAUUAAUUUGCUUACUGCUGGAGAAUCAGCUAACAAAUAUUGUAUGCUGUGGCAAUUGGGAAGCUGCAGAAACUCUUGGGUCUCAUUCUUGCUUACAGUUCCAAGAUGUCAAGAGCCCAGCAGUCAAUACUCUCUUGCAGAUAUGAGGAAUAUCUUUUCUAUCAAAGGAGACAGCCUUGUGAUUAACCCUGCAAAAGCAAAGAGGUGGAGACAAGCAAGACUAAAUCCAAUAAUGGCCGACACCUUGGAGCAUCUGAGGGCAUAUUUGUGUCACAGUGGUCUGUCUUCUCUGGAGACUAAGCUGGAGGUCUUCCUGCCUACAAAAGUGCUUCAGCUGGUCUCCUGGUUAGAACAUCAGAAUUGUCCCUUGCCCAUCAUGCCUAUGAGUGUGAAAUCUACCAGUGUUCCCAGAUUAUGUCCACAGAAGAGACCAUUUUCAGAAAAAGAAGUGCUGCAUCUUUGUUUGUCUGAUGAAUGUGUCUCUGUUAAAAAACCAAAAAAGGAAGAAAACCCAAAGAAUGACCAAGAACUAGCUGCUGGAAUAAUGCAGAAGAUAGACAACAGUCAUGUUGAAUUUGAUAUGUCUGAUGAAUGUGUCUCUGUUAAAAAACCAGAAAAGGAAGAAAAUCCAAAGAAUGACCAAGAACUAGCUGCUGGAAUAAUGCAGAAGACAGACAACAGUCAUGUUGAAUUUGAUAUGUCUGAUGAAUGUGUCUCUAUUAAAAAACCAGGAAAGGAAGAAAAUCCAAAGAAUGACCAAGAACUAGCUGCUGGAAUAAUGCAGAAGAUAGACAACAGUCAUGUUGAAUUUGAUAUGUCUGAUGAAUGUGUCUCUAUUAAAAAACCAGGAAAGGAAGAAAAUCCAAAGAAUGACCAAGAACUAGCUGCUGGAAUAAUGCAGAAGACAGACAAAGGUCAUGUUGGACCAUAUAACUCUGUGCCAUCUGUUGAAUCAACUUCCUCUUCACGGAUCAAGGCAUCUGACAAUAAAAAACAGAAUGACUUGGACCUUUUGAGCGAGUUUAUUACUCUGAGAAGUAAAUACAAGACUUUUACUUCAGAUGCUGAAGUCACAGGCCAUGACCAAAACAGUGAAUUUCAAGAUGAAGAAAAGUGUUCUCUGACUCUUCAAGAAGAAACUCCUGUUGUUUCUAAUAACAAAACUCCAAAGGAGAGAAGUCAAGAAAGAACAGAUGAUGUCAUUGAGAUUCAGGCAUCAGACACCCAGUGCCAAGCAUACUGUCUCCUAGAAGCAGCAGCGACUCCCAUCUUAAACAAACUUGUUUGCCUCUGUACUUACCCUGCUGCUAAUUGGAAAUUUGCCACUGUCAUAUUUGACCAAACAAGAUUCUUCUUAAAGGAACAAGAAAAAAUAAUAAAUGAUGCUGUUCACCAAGGUAAAAAUGAUGACAGAGAAAUAACAUUCAGGCAUGCUGCUCUCUUACAUCUCCUGGUAACAAUUAGAGACGUCCUUUUAACAUGCAGCUUGGAGACAGCAUUAGGAUAUUUGUCGAAUGCAAAAGAUAUCUACAAAAGUGUGUUAGACUCCUGCUUGGAUAACAUUUGGAGACAGCUGAAAAUUUUACAGUUUGUUACGGAAAAAAGGCCUAAAACCAACUAUAAGAUCCAAGAAUUGCAAUGUCAGAUACUAGGCUGGUUGAAAAGUCAACAACAGUUUAAGGUACUGAUUAUAAUAAGAAUGGACACAGAUGGAGAAAAGCAUUUGCUUAUUAAAACCCUUAAGAAAAUAGAAGGUUUAACAUUGACUGUUUUACAUUCAAAUGAGAGAAAGGAUUUUCUGGAAGCGACUGGUGUUUUAAAAGGUACCAGUUCCUGUGUGGUUGUGCAUCAUCACAGUAUCCGAGCAGAUUUCCCCUGGAGCAGCUUCUCGCUCGUGGUGGAGUACAAUCACGUGGGGCACUCUUGCUGGGCCAGGCACUGCCAGCAGCUGAGUAUACCUUUCCUGGCCUUCAGAGUCGUCGUUCCAGACACAGCUCUGAAAAGAAACACCUUGCUGGAUAGAUUUGGUGGGUUUCUCUUGGAGAUUAAGAUCCCAUACAUAUUUUUUGCAUCUGAAGGAGUGCUUAAUACCCCAGAAAUACUCCGGCUGCUGGAAUCUGACUAUAAUAUCACACUGGUGGAGAGAUGCUGCUGUGAGUCACUGAAGCUGUUUGGAAGCACAGAGCGUUACGUAGUAGUCACAGUUGAUGAGCAUACUGCUGUAGUUGUGCAGGACCUAGAAGAAUUACAUUAUGAGAAGGCAUCAGAUAAUAUCAUUAUGAGAUUAAUGGCAUUGUCAUUCCAAUAUAGCUGUUGUUGGAUAAUACUAUAUCCCAAGGAAACAUUAAAUUCAGAGUACCAUCUCACAGAGAAGACACUCCAUCACCUCGCACAGAUUUACGCAGCUUUGGUUUCCUCUGGUCUUAAAUCUGAAGAACUGGAUGUAAAGCUUAUAAUUGCCCCAGGAGUAGAAGAGACAGCUUUAACAAUUCGACAAAUUGCAGACCACAAUUUAAUGACGUCGAAGAGAGAUCCUCAUGAGUGGUUGGAUAAAUCCUGGGUUGAAAUUUCACCGUCUAAGGAAGAAAUGAGCCUCCUUGACUUCCCGUGCAUUAAUCCACUGGUGGCUCAGCUCAUGUUACACAGAGCACCCUCCCUGCACUGGCUGCUGAGAGCAACGCCCGCUGAGCUUCAGGAACUCCUGCCCCAGGUUCCCAGCAAGGUUCUGAAGCAUUUUUGUAGCAUCACUUCCUUGUUCAAGAUUAAUUCUUCCUCCUUGACAAUGUCACCUCAAAUGUCACCACUUCAGGAGGAUAUGAAUGAAACUAAUCCCUUUAUUUCUCAGAGUUCAGCUCCUGUCAUUCAGGAACAUGAGGAAUAUUAUUCCUAUGAAGACUCAGAAGAGGCAGUGCAGGACGGCACAAGCUCUUCUCUUAUGGAGCUAAGAGAAACACUGAGCAUGUUGCCGUCUGCAGCAUCUCACAGUCAGACCAGCUACUGGAAAGACUCCAUUUGUGGUCCUAACACAGUGCACAAUAACCCUUUUCUAAUUAAUAAGGAAUCAAAGAAAGUGACUUGGCAUUCCUUUCCAAGCCAGGAUGAUUCAGAAUCAGGUGUCUUUUCUUUGGGCCUAACACAAAUAAAUUGUGAACCUGAAAUGUCACCAGCUGAUACUCAGAGGAGAGUUACUCAUAAUUUUGUUAAUUAUCCUAAAGCAAAAGGAAGCAGAAACAUGCAAGUGUCCACUCCUGUGUUUUUACCAGAGGGCUCUCAAUUCCACCUUUGUUGGGACUUUAAAAACAAUGGUGACAGGAAACAGACUUAUUCAUUCAAUUCAAGCUGUGGAGCAGAACAGACCUCCUACAACAAAUGGUACCCACAAAACAAUGACUUACCCAGUAAUCAGCCAGAGUGUCUGUCAGCUAAAUUGAAACACUUCACAUACAGAAAUUCAACCGCUGGCACUGACAAGACCUUUUGGAGAGAACUGCCUUCUGUCCCCAGCUGGGAUUCAUUCUGUGCUUCUGAUUCUAAUGUAAACCAAAGAGGAUUCAAUGGCCUUAAUUUCUACCAAAGAGCUGGGAACUACUUAGGACAGAGAAGGCUCCCUGUAUCUUCAUCUAACUGGGGAGAUUAUGAAACACCAACAGGCUUAAUGUACUCACAAGUACCCCAACCCAAAAAACAACGACUAACGUAUGAAAAAGUCCCCGGAAGAGUGGAUGGACAAACCCGGCUGAAGUUUUUAUGAAGAACAGAAAGGACAAUGCCACUUUUUUUUUUUUUUUUUU